AUAACAAUACCUCUAUUUACUCAUUGUGACCAUGUGACACUGAAGUAGAUUUCUCUUUAUGUAAAUUAAAACGCUAGUAUUCAAUUCAGGACAAGUCCAUUGUCCGAUGUGACGUUGUAUAGCUUCUUCCGCGUUAAUAAAAAAAACAAAAAAACAAUUCUGUUAAUAAAUGUCAGUGUUAUUGUAACUUUAGUAGGCUACGGUUACUGUCAGGCAUAAAAGACACAUUUAACAUUCUUCAUUUUCACGCAAAAACACUACAAGACAAAUCAGCUCAAAUACAGACCAGGUAGUAGUGCCUUAAAGCCUAAUGUGUUGCCUACCUAGACCGCAUUUUUCGGUAUAACAAGCACCCCAAAAUCAGAACGACGACUUCAAAUAGUUCGGUAUUUACAGUAGGUGUGGUACAAUAUGUUUUAAUAAACUCACCUCACCUUUCACUGCACUCGUGUCUGGAGUCUGUUCUGCUCCACCGCAGUGAUUAUCACACGCGCAUCUGAUAAUGAAGAUGCUGCUGAAGAUUCUUGGAUGAUCGACAGACAGUCUGGUUUACAUCCCCGCCCAUUCACCUCGAUCGUGAAGAGGUGCAGUGAGUUACAACCGUCAUGUUCCACAAGGCUCACUGGAUGAGAUGCAUUGCCUGAGCAGGAAGCCCAGGUCAUAUCUGCUGAACUCCUACAGUGAUUUUCAGGAGACUGAUGAGAUUGCCAGAGAAUCAUAUGAGGCCACCUGGUUAGACCUACUGAUGGAGACGAGACCAGAAUACAAGAGGACACUUGUGGAGAAGGACUCAAUGAGAAAGGAGAGCUAUGAAAGCAAGCAGGUGGUUCAUUUCAAAGUGAGAAGAUUCCUAAACCAAACCAUUCACAUGGGGAGAGAGGGGGAGCCACUGCAGGAAUAUCAUUUACCUUACAGAAACAUUCUUCCAAUACCAAUAUUUGUGCCCAGAGAUGUCACGCAGCCUGACGUUACCCGUGAGAUAAAAUCCACCAUGGACUCUGAGACUAGUUUAAAUGGACUUUGCCUUCAGAAGAGAGAAGUCUCGUCCAUCAUCAAACAUAAGCCAAUGGUAAUCCAACCCAGGAGUCCAGACUUCAGAGCGUCUAGCCUCAUCUCUCCCCCACGAGACACACUCGGCUUCCAGCGACGAGAGUGAUGAGCUGAUGAAAGCUGUCUGCCAUCAUGGACACGGAUACAAUGACAAGUAUGGUGGGUGACCUCAUGCAUACUUAAAUACCAAAGCCGUCAAGAGACCUACAUGCUCACAAUUUGUUUUCAUCUGAGACUACCAGAGAAACCUUAUCAAAGGAAGAUACCACAAAAAAAGUUAAUGUCAUGCUAUUUAACCACAUGUUUUAUCAUUUGAAACAUUAUCAUUGUGCUUUAUGUAUUUAUUUACAAUAAAUGCCACUUGGUGUGCUAUUUAAGACAAUAACAUUAUUCAUUUUCUAAAUGUGGCUUAAGUGUCCAAAUCCUUGCAAAACAAAUGGGGAAAUAUUUAGUAAUGGUCUUAAACCUGAAUAUUAUAAAUGAAAUGAGUCUAAAUUGAAUGUAAUUUUUAAUUGUGAUCUAUAUUUGAUGUUUAAGGAGCUUUUGAUCUAUUUCUCAGCAGGUUUACAAUGAACUGCAGGACAGACAUCUCUGAUAGACAACCAUCAUCUAUUCAAAACAGUUAGUUCUUGGAAAUAAAUGCAAUAAAUAAAAACUUUCUUCACUGUAAAUCUCAUUUAUAUGUAUUUAUGAAACCAUGGCAAACAAUAAAACAAACAAACCUGAGUCAAGCAAACUGUAAUAUAUUCUUUCUUGUCAGAAAACAUAUUACACGUCAGUAACCUCAUUUUUAUUUUUGUGGUACAUAUUAGUUAUGAACCGUCUUUAGACUGAAAAUGAAUAAAUUGUCUAUUAUAGUUAAUCAGUAAUGCAACAAAUAUGAAAGCAUUUGAUUAGUCUGCUUUCUACUUGAUCCAAAAAACUGAAAGAAAAGAAAAAUAGAACUCAGAAGCACAAAAAAAUCUGCCUAACAAAACAUACACUCUCAUGUUCUGAUAUGAUUGUCAAAGACUCAAGGCUCAAGCGGUUUCACAAAAACGUUUGGCAUCAUAAAUAGUUGAUAAAUAAAUCAUGGGGAUACUUUGGAUAAGCAAAGGAAAACAUUUAAGGAAGAAAAUUCUUGUUUUAUAUAGAGAUCUACACUCCUCACAGUCUGCUGGAGUUUGACGAUGCCCCUUUUAGAGUCUCUUCUGCCCUCUUGUGUUUCUGCAGGGUGACCUGGAGCUGCCAGUACCUGAGAUACAGCCACAUCAAAUUCCCAUUCUUGCGCUUAUCCAUGUUCAGUAAAUCUGCACAGUGUCUGUCGUUCUUAAAAAUGUCCCUGAGAUCUUCCUCUAGGUUCAGUUUGGCACCCACCGGGUCUUUAGCCACCUUUAGCAGCAGGUUCUUCUCCAUCUCCAGACG